UCAUUUUAAAUUGUUUGGGUGUGGGAUCGACGACGCGUUUAUGCUUAUGUAUAUCGCUUAUUUGUUGAUAAAACGAUGAUUAUCCGCGAUAAGACCCGGCUGAGUUUAUCAGUGUUUGUUUUGUUUAGUUUUGUUGUGAUAUGUGCAGGACAAAACUUUUGGAAAAUAUCAGCCCCAAAUCGACAUGAAAAAGCAAAGUCAGACGGAAACAAGAUUGUGUGGUGCACAAUUAGCAAAAUGGAACAACAAAAAUGUCUUAAUUUUGCCAUGGCGAACGAAAGGGACAGGAUCAAAGUGGGAUACGAUCACAUCAAAAUAAACUGUUUACAGGCAGCAAACAAAGAUGAGUGUAUGCUACUUUUGGAUCAAGAAAAGGCGACAAUGACAACUUUGGACGCGGGUGCGUUGUUUGUUGGCGGUCGCUAUCACAGUUUAGUGCCAAUAGCACAAGAAGUUUUGGAGGGUGGUCUGAAGUUUUAUUAUGCCGUGGCUGUUAUGAAAAGGGCCACUCUUCCAGAAGUCACAUCUUUGCGUCAUUUGAGAGGAAAACGCGCUUGUUUUGCAGGUGUUGAAACAUUUGCCGGAUGGGUGUUGCCCAUUAAUACGCUGAUGAAAGAGGGCGGCAUGGAGAUAAUCGACUGUAACAAUCACGUGAAAACGGCGUCAAAUUAUUUCGGAUCGUCUUGUGCCGUAAAUUGCUUGUCAGACAAAUACAAUCCGAUCGGCGACAAUUCGGACCGUCUCUGUCAAUUGUGCAUCGGGAAAGUACCGGGCGGACGAUGUACCGACAGCGAUCCUUAUGCCGGAUACGAAGGAGCUUUCAGAUGUCUGUUGGAAGCCGGAGACGUCGCUUUCUUGAAACACACCACAGUUUUCGAAUCGAUUAGCGGAAUGGAUUAUGCCGGACUGUCCGGUGAAUCGUUCGAGUUGUUGUGUAAGGACGGAUCAAGGCGACCGAUCACGGACUACUUAAACUGCAACUGGGGAAAAGUCCAAUCCGAUACGAUCGUCACUUCGUCGGCGGUUACUCACGAAGACCGUACCAAAUAUCAAAAGUAUUUGGAAAAAGUGUCACAAAUCUAUGCGUAUCGCAACAACACCUUCGAUCCAUACAAGCCCCAGAAUCCCCGCGACGAAUACGACCAGUACGGGAACAGCAACGGCAACAGCAACAGCAAUAGCAACAGCAAUAGCCAGCCCGAAUAUGACCAGUACGGCAACAGAAGGCAACCAAUUGAUCGAAAUCAACCAGAGUACGACCAAUUUGGUAACAGGGUGAACCGGUAUAAAAGACAAUCGUUUGGCGACUUCGGUUCUGACAGAAAUCAAGACAGUCCCUACGGAAAUCAACAGGAUAACAACCCAUACACAAACACGAACAACCGGGAUAACAAUCCCUAUUUGAACAAAAACAAUCAAGAUAAUCCGUACCUGAACAAUAACAAGAACAACAACAACAACAACGAAGACAAUCCGUACAUCAGAAACAACGAUCCGCUUAACAAUCCUUACGGGAACGGAAACUCUUAUAUAGACCCGUACGGAAACGAGGACACUGAUAGAAGGAAGUAUCCCACAAAUCCAAGUCAGGAAGACGAAUUUGCGAGAGAUCCUUAUUCAAUUAACAGGGAUCAGUACGGCGUAAACGUCGAUCCUUACGAUCGGGAUCCGAAAUAUAACAAAAACGAUCAGACAUAUUUCGAUAAGACAUUCGAUCACGUCGAUCGAUCGAACAAUACGUUCUACGAAGUGUUCAGUUUGUUCGAGUCGAUUCCAAGAUACGGACAACAUGGUAAUUUAAUGUUCCAGGAUAACGCCAGGAAAAUAGUAGCGAUUCCAGAAAAUUUCCAAACAUACACGGCGUUCCUUGGCGACUCGAUGGAAAUAAUCAUGGGCGUCAGAGAUUGUCCCGUCAACAGCAUCACUUUGUGCGUCACUUCGGACGCAGAGAAAAACAAAUGCGUGAAAAUGAGGACUGCCUUGAAGGCGCAACUGUUGAAGCCGGAAAUGGAUUGUUACAAGGGCCAUUCACAAAUUCACUGCAUGCAGGCCGUUCGAUCGGGCACUGCGGACGUGGCCGUCCUGGACGCCAGUGACGUGUACACUGCCGGUCUCGAUUACCAACUGGUUCCGUUCAUCAGUGAGGUGUAUAAUCUGGAGGAACCCGAGUAUUACGUGGUCGCCGUCGCGAAGGAGUCCGAUCCCAGCACCGAACUGACGUAUCUGAGGACGAAGAACACGUGCCACGGGGGAAUAAACACGGCAGCCGGGUGGGUGUACCCGCUUGCCUUUUUAAUAAGUAACGGAUGGAUAAGGCCGUACGGUUGCAACAGCAUUCGCGCGGCCGCCGAAUAUUUUACAAAGAGUUGCGUUCCCGGCGCUCUCAGCACCGAAUACAACACGGGGGUGCCUUACGACAACAUGUGCGACCUGUGUCACGGCGCCUCGUUCAGAUAUUGCAGGAGGGAUCACUCGGAGGAUUAUUACGGACACACCGGAGCGUUCAGGUGUUUGGUGGAAGGUGGAGGACACGUAGCCUUCGUCAAGCACACCACCGUCACAGAGAACACCGGCUUGAAGAAACGAGAAUGGUGGACGCGGGACAAUUUGAACGACGACUACGAACUUCUGUGUCCGGACGGAACGAGAGCCGAGAUAAACGAAUACGUAAAAUGUAAUUUGGGCAAAGUGAAGGCGAACGCGAUAGUAACGCGAGGCGGAUACGGUUACAACGAAACUCAAAUUAACGCCUACAUAAAUCUGUUCAUGUACGCUCAAACGUUUUACGGCAGAAAAUUCGCCGACGAAUUUAGCUUCAGCAUGUUCACGUCUCAACCGCCGUACGCCGAUUUGAUAUUCCAAGAUGCAACAACGCAAUUGAAGGUGAUCGAGCCCAGUAAGAGACAUUACGCAGACUAUUUGGGAGGUGAUUUUAUGAGGGCUCGGAGAAUAGUGGAUUGUCAUGCGGGAAGUUCCGCGAUUCGAGAUUCUGUUAUUACCAUAUCUUGUCCAUUAUUUUUAUCAAUUUUAUAUUUACGUUAUAACAUUCCGAGUGUGGUUUAAGGCAGUUAGUUAGAAGUGUAUAAAAGUAUAUGGUAGAUAAAUAUUAGUUGACUGUUGAAAGUGUACAAUUAUUUGAUUAACUGUUAAAUCAGUCCGUCCAUUUUUUAAUUUGUGUAUAUUUAGUAAUUUUAUAUGCGAAUUAAUUAUUUUUCUAAGUUAUAUUUAUAUGUUCAAAUGGUUUACAUGUAUUUUGAUAAACAUUACAUUCCGUCCAAAAAAAUAUUCAUAUAGGUAUGAAGACACGGUGAAAUCUGAUGAACAAGAAAACAGAACAGUUGUGUAAGGUUUAAUAAUGCAAAUAAAAAAAAUGUGUUGUUGUGCCUUAUUGUCUUUAAAAACAAAGCAAUGUAAAUUUUUACAGUGCGGCUUAAUCGAAAUCGAAAUCGAUUAUCCAUUCCAUAUUGUAUUGUUGAUAUAAUAAACAUUUUAUACUAUUUUAAUAAAAAAUAGAUCCCAAAAAUA